CGGUGCGUUGCCGCCCAGUACGGAAGCGCCGGCUCUUCCUGACACGAGAAGUAGAAGAGUAGAGAAGGCAAGAGGGAAGCGAGGCCCGGACACAGCUGAGCUGCAUUCACUGGGGGAUACUAUCAGAGAGCUGCAGAAUUACAGCAGAAAAAAUGAAGAAAAUGCCAUUGUUCAGCAAGUCGCAUAAGAAUCCUGCAGAGAUUGUAAAAACCCUGAAGGACAAUAUGGCCGUGCUAGAAAGGCAGGACAAGAAAACUGAAAAGGCAUCUGAAGAAGUCUCCAAAUCUCUCCAGGCCACAAAAGAGAUUUUGUGUGGGACAGGGGACAAAGAACCUCAGACAGAGACAGUGGCUCAGCUUGCGCAAGAACUGUACAACAGUGGUUUGUUGGUUACUUUGAUUGCCAACUUGCAUCUCAUAGAUUUUGAGGGCAAGAAAGAUGUAUCUCAGAUAUUCAACAACAUCUUGAGAAGACAGAUUGGAACUAGAAGUCCCACUGUUGAAUAUAUCAGUUCCCACCAACAUAUUCUUUUUAUACUACUCAAAGGGUAUGAAUCCCCCCAGGUCGCACUGCAUUGUGGGAUUAUGCUACGGGAAUGCGUCCGUCAUGAGCCUCUUGCUAAAGUCAUUAUUUACUCUGAGCAGUUCGGGGACUUCUUUAAGUAUGUGGAAAUGUCAACAUUCGAUAUAGCUUCCGAUGCCUUUGCUACAUUUAAGGACCUGCUUACAAGACACAAGUUGAUGGUAGCAGAAUUUCUAGAGCAAAACUACGACAGAAUAUUUAAUGACUAUGAAAAGCUUCUUCACUCAGAGAACUAUGUGACCAAGAGACAGUCCCUUAAGCUGCUGGGUGAGCUGAUCCUGGACCGACACAACUUUUCCAUUAUGACUAAAUACAUAAGCAAGCCUGAAAACCUCAAGCUCAUGAUGAAUCUGCUCCGUGAUAAGAGCCCAAACAUUCAGUUUGAAGCAUUCCAUGUGUUUAAGGUUUUUGUAGCGAAUCCAAACAAAACACAGCCCAUCGUGGAUAUCCUGUUAAAAAACCAGACCAAGUUAAUUGAGUUCCUGAGCAGCUUUCAGAAGGAGAGAACAGACGACGAACAAUUCACCGACGAGAAGAACUACUUAAUCAAACAGAUACGAGACUUAAAAAAGCCCACGCCAUGAGGGUCUCCUUGCUUCUCCCCUCGACUACCACCGGAGAGCAUUAAAACGAGUGUUUUAAGGAGUUGUCAUGGCAUUGUCUGUGCCUGUGUUUUUGUUUCUACUUAGUUUAUUAGCUGCCAGGAGUAUAAAUGUUUUAUAUUAAAACUUCAAAAAAAAAAAAAAAAAAAAGACCAGAUUAGGGGAAAAUAAAAGAAAAAUCCUUCUUCAGGUCUGGGAGAAUGGGAAAAUUUGACGGUGGGUAUAUAAGAAGCUUACAGAUAUAUUCCAGUUUCCUCCUCGCACUGUAGGGUGACUUGUGCCAGCUUGUACUGCGGAUAAAGCUCAUCUCACUUUAUUGGAUUCCUUAUUUAGGUAAUUUCACAUUUGCGGUUCAGUGCACCAGGGGGUAAUUUGGAGCACCGAGAAAGAGCUCUGAACCCCCCAUUUUCCUUCCCUUAAGGAGAGGGGACAAUAGAAGCAAUGGCAUCCUGUUGUGCUGCAGAAACCCAUAUAAGCUUAGUGCUAGGCUUUCUUUCCUUUCUCGCUCAAUCUAGAAACAUUGCGCAAACGGUUAUCAUUUAAUGGUACUUUAUGCUUAUUAUCCUUUAAAUGUUUUAUUUAAUAAAAGAUCUUUAGUUUUAACUUCCUACUUGCUGUCUAAGGAUGGAGUCAAUCUGCUGGGCCAAAGAGCUCUACUUCAUUAUUUAAAUGCGGCAUAGACCCAGCAUUUCCAACACCAUCGGUCAUCGGUCACCGACGUGCUGGAUAGCCCCAUGUUCUGAUCACAGGCUCUGCUUUUUGAUUGGAGCAAAACCUUGAGGUCUCAAGUCUAGAAAAGUCUUUAGAGAUCUCAGUAUUUGUAAGCAAUGUGCUGCCAUCUUCCCCAUUAGCAGAAGGAAGCAGGCGUGGGUAUCAUUCUCUUCUCAUUGCAAAUAAUCACAUACAAAUAAAAGAGAAUGCUGCUGUGCGGUGGAUCUGUAUGUAUCAGUCAUCAUCUCUGCUGCACACCAGUAUCUCUUUGCAAUAGGAAGAUAUCAGCUCUGAGGCUCUGACAUCGGGCAUAGAGUGGGCAGUAGUUGGCACAUCGGAAACAUGUGUCUCCACCCUGCUGGAGCUGCCAUUUUCACCGGAAAACUAACCUUGCUGAUAGAGUAUAGAAAAUACAGAAGGACAGUUCCACAUUUCUGUCUGCAUACUCAUACAUACUUAUAUACUCUUUCCUUGCACAGACUGUGUAGUGUUCAGCAAUAUGGAAUGUAAUCCUUCCUACAUAGUGAUUGCUGCCGGGCAGUCUGCAGUAACCAUAAUAAUGCUGCUAAAUAUACUCAGCAAUCUGAAUGCAUGGCUGUGCCGCACUAUUGGCUGUGUAGCUAUUACUGGGCGGUGGACACAAAUAAGGCGAAACCUAUUACUUACCCUAAUUGUUUUGUUUUUAAUGAUCUGUAUUACCCAAUUAGGUGAUUGUAAUGGCUUUGGAAGAUAAAUCAGGCUCCUGUGUAUGAAUAACAUUUAAAUAUAUUGUAUCUAUUCUCUUGAGGAUAUUUGUUAUUCGUAUACCGGUAAAUGGGGCCAGUAACAUUAAGAAAUUGCCAUCUGUAUGAAUUUAAGCAGUGGCAUAACUUGAUGUUAAUGGGCCUCUCAGCAAAUGGACUUAAGUGCUUACCAAACCUUGCAGAAGUUGGCCUAUUGCACGUGUAUUUUUUUAUUACAUAGAGCCACUACACUACUGGGCUCUAGGGCCUGCCCCCCUUUUAUUGCUGUACCCACAAAUAUAUGCAUAAUGUUUAAUGACUAUUCACUUUAGCAUCAUUUCCAAAAAAUCAUAUUUUUGUAUUUCACACAACAAAUCAUUCUGCUUUGUUACUGGUCCUAUAACUUUUAUCUGUUGCCAUUUUACCAUUAGUGAAACACAAAGCAAACUGACCAGACAAGGUUCCCUGACUAUAAACGCACACACGUGCCAUUCCUCCUCCUGUAAAGCACUUUUUGGGUUCAGGCUCCCACUUAUAUUGACCACAGGCCUUAUUCAAGUUGACCCCAACUUGCCUUUUUGCCGCUCUGCCACCCCAGUAGGGUGCGUCUGUUCUUUCAUCUGGGAACCUUUAUCGAUACACAUUUGUGUUACCACUAAGAAUCAACACUGAUCUGUUACCUACACAAUAUUUACCAUUUGCUAUCCCACUAAUUGUAUUCCACUGCAAACUCACAGCGGGAAAAUUCAGUGCCUUAUCUGUCUCAUAUUCAGCAAGAGAUACUCUUCCUAUGGAUACAUGAUGUUGUUGGUAGCACAGGAGCUACAGUGUAUAUAUAACGGUUAUAGACGGGGAGCUGCAACAUUCAGCUGCCCCUAGCUCACCUAGGAGCUGUGCUUCUGCCUGCCCCUGCCUGAUGAACGUGGGGCAGAUACCAAUGGCAACCAAUCAAGUUAUUACAUUCAUUGCUGUACCUGCAGCUGGCUGAAAAAAAAAGCCAAUCAAUGAUUGGUUGCUAUGGGUUACUGCCCACAAGCAAAUUUGCCCAGUGUUGAUAAAUGAACCCCAUUUGUGUUUUUGUCCCUUGUGACCCACUUCACUUUUCACUCCAGCGCUGCUGCUCUUUUUGUGACAGAUCAAGUAUGUGAAGCAUUCGCACCUGCCUGUAGUCCCCGGCUCCAGCUUCCAUGCUGUGCUCAGUACAGAAGGCACAUUGCACUUAUUACUUCUAAUACUUACACUUUGCCCCCCUUGCUGGGUACAAUGUAAUAUCCUCCAGGCUUUGUAAUUGUUGGCAGUGCUACCACAUUGAUUGAUUGGUUGUUGUUGUGUAACACAGAAAUCAAACCCAUUGCCAUGUUUUGUCCAGUUCCUGUCCCAUCGCUGCUGUUACCUUAUGCUUCGGGUAUCAUUUCCCUGCCACUGUACCCACAGUACCCAAAUGCCACUCUGUACCAACUACUGCGGGACUGUAGCACCCUUUCUUUUGCUUGAUCUACAGUGUCUCCCCUUGCCCAGUUUUGGGAUACAAAGGAAACUUUAGGUCAGUUAAGUAGAGCUGUAAAACUGAAGGCCAACUCUUCUGUUCCUGCGGUGAUUGCAUUGGGAUUUGCCUCGUGCACCUUACAGAUAAGGAAAUAACUAACGGUGAAUAAAUGACUUGCUUAUUUAAACUAUUGUGUGUAUAAAAAUAAAUAUAUAUCAGUUUGUACCUAUUAAAUUAUAUUUACCGGAACAUUAAAGGCACGGUUACUGAUA